CGAGGGGAUUAGCGCUGAAAUCGACAUUGCAGUUUCGAAUUAGGGUUAGUGUAGACGCAAUUCAGCGGUAUUGGCCUCCGGGAGCUAUCCCACAGUGCACCAUUGGGACCACUCUGGACAGCACUCUGAACUCGGAUGCACUAGCCAGGUGUACAUAAAAAGCCCCCAGGAACUUUUGAAUCUCAUUUCCUGUUUGGCCAGGCGAGUUCAUCAGCACAGGUGACCAUGCAGUCCCAGAAUCGAAAAAGAGCUCCAGCAUAGACCGAUCGCUGUAUGGGGAGACGAAUCUGUGCUAUCAGAACUACGUUCCAAAAAAUGAAAUGCCACAUUUCAAAAAAUCUCCGAGGCCAUGAGGGACAGAGGCGACAGCAGGGACACAACACAGUACCGCGUGAAACUUAAGGAGCUCAGACAAGCGUACCAGAAAACCAAAGAAUCAAACGAACACUCUGGGACAGAGCCCCAGACAUGCUACUUCUACCCGGAGCUGCAUGCAAUUCUAGGGGGGGCCGCCACCACUACCCCACCCCUGUCCAUGGACUCCGAUGAUGGGGUACUCUCUGCCAUGCCUGAGGAUUUUGCAGACGGGGAAGAUGAGGAGGAGGAGGAGGACAAGCUUGAGGAGAGCACACAGCACACUGUUCUCCCCGACAGCCUGGAUCUUUUUGUCACCCUGACUGAAAUACCCUCCCAACCCAACCAAGCUGGAGAAGGAACCUCUGCUGCAAAUGUUUCAAGCCUCCCUCCUCCAUCCCAAAGGCUAUCUCAUAUAAGGCGGAGGAAAAAACGCACACACGAUGAAAUGUUCUCUGAGCUCAUGCAGUCGUCCGGCACUGACAGAGCUCAGCAGAAUGUGUGGAGAGACACAGUAGCACAGUACAGGAAAGCAUCCAAUGAACAUGAGGACAGGAGGGACGAUCGAGAUGAGAGGUGGUGGCAGGGAGAUCAGAGAAGGCAGGAUGCAACACUGGGGCUACUGCGGGAUCAAACAGACAUGCUCUGGCAUCUGGUGGAGGUUCAGAAACAACAGCAGGAUCACAGACUGCUGCUGUAGCCCCUGUUUAACUGACCUCCCUCCUCCCCAAGUUCCGUAGCCUCCUUACCCAGAUGCCCAAGAACGCGGACGCUGGGGGAUGCUCCGGGCACCCAAUCACUCCACCCCAGUGGACAGCCCAAGCAACAGAAGGCUGUCAUUCAACAACUUUUGAAGUGGCCUUUUCCUUCCCUCCUACUCUCCUCCCACACCCCAGCUGGGCUACCUUGUGAGUUAUC